CGCCCAUCAACAAGUCCAUCUCGAACAAUGUGCUGAAGGAGGCGAAGAUGGCGACCGUGACGUCUGUGCUCAUGUUCCUGACUGUGACUGCCUACCUGUCUGCCGCCCAACUGCCUCACCCUCACGUUGGAGAAGAGACGCUGAGGGCGGCGGGGCGGUGCGUGGCGGCUGUGGCGACCAGAUUUUGGCGGCCGCGCUCCUCCGUCAUCCUCCUCACAGAUGGCAGCACCUCCCCCUCCACUGUCUUCACGGAGCUGGGAUGUCUGGGAGCGCCCUGGGGGGUGACGGUGUUCCAGGUACCAGCAGAAGUUAUCAGCUCCAACCUGACGGAGUCGCGCAUGGCGCAGGUGGUGACCCACGCUCGCCAGGUCCGACAGGUGUCGUGGUUGGUGAUGGUGGUGGUGGUGAGCGACGACCCGACCUUCCUGGCCGCCUCAGCCGAGUGGGCCAUCAAGGGCCAUCUUCUGCUGUGGGCCAACAGGUUGCUGGCCAUCACCCGCCGACCUCUCUCUGACCUCCGUCACCUCCACACUUCCUUCUCCAUGAUGAACGCCAUGUUGCUCAUCCUGGACGCCUCCUCCAGGUGUGAGAUGUACGUCCACCUGCCCUACAGUGCUAGGGACGAGCAGCCGUUACAGGUGGCCACCUGGUCGACCCAUCACGGCCUCGCCCUCAACACACGUCUUCCUCUGUAUCCUGACAAGUUCUCCAGGUUCGUGGAGGCGCCGCAGCUGGUGGUGGCGGCGGAGGAGUUCCAGCCUCACGUGAUUGUCCAGACCCGGACCUCAGCCCUCUCCUUCCUGGGUCCCAUGGCGGAGGCUCUCCACCUCUUGGCGCGCUCACUAAACUUCACGUACACUUUUCUGCGUCCACCUGACGGCUCCUGGGGCGUCAAACUGCCUGACGGGUCUUGGACUGGCAUGGUGGGCAUGGUUGGUAGGAAGGAGGCAGACAUUGGUCUGGGGCCCUUCGCCGUGACAUCCGUCCGUGCCGAGAUGGUCGACUUCACCUAUCCCAUACUGGUCGAUUACGGCAGGAUCUUGGCCAGACGAGGGCGACCUGAAGUGGACCCGUGGAGCUUCCUCCUGCCGUUCACGCCGGAGGUAUGGGUCGGCACCCUGGCGGUGCUCCUGCUGGUGCUCUCUACUGUGGCCGUGAUGCAGCGGUGCUCCGCGCGCAUGACCGCCCCGCGGGACAGAUGGCUGGGUGAUACGCUCUUCACCUACUCCAGAGUGUUGCUUCAGCAAGAUGCAAGAGGGUGCAGUAGGCUGUGGUGGGAGCGUCUAGUGCUGGGGGGAUGGAUGUUGUUGAUGUUGGUGUUAACACGGAGUUACUCGGGGACCCUAACAUCCAUCCUGGCCGUCAGGUAUGUACCGGAGCCCUUCCAGACUCUCCGAGCUCUGCUGGACAGCCCCCGCGUCACCUUGGUCUGGGAAGCCAACACGAUGUACGUGCAAUACUUUCGUUCGGUGGACUCUGGCAUCUUCAGAGAGGUGAUGGACUCGGAGAAGGCUGGCCGAAUUAAAUACGUGAAGAGCACAGAAUACACCUACAUGAGGGAUCAUCUUGUGCGACAGGGCAAACACGUCUUUCUUGGCGAAGACCUUAGCAGCAAGGUCCUCAUGGCCCAGGACUUCUCCAACACAGGUGCGUGUGACUUCUACACUUCAAGAGACAAGUUCCUGCCGUUUAUGUUCGCCAUGAUAGGCCAGAAGGAGAGUCCACUAGUUCCAGCGCUAAGCCAGAGGAUCCAGACCAUGACUGAGGCGGGAUUGUACUGGCAUUGGCUGGAAAACAUGAUCCCCAACUCCACCUCCUGCGUUCGAGCCGCCAGCAAGAUUUUCGUCGAAUCUCCACUUCAAAUUCCUAACCUCUGGGGUGUAUUUGUGGUGCUGGCAGGAGGUCACAUAGUGGCCUUGUUGGGGUUCGGCUCCGAGCUGCUCACCGCUCCUCUUCACUAGACAAGAGGAGUGAAGACAUCACCACACACCAAACAGAACGCUUUGAAGGAAACCAACGUCGUCUAUGCCACAGAAAUUAUCGACAGAUACAAUGACAACGGGAGACUCGACAACAGGAGACUCGACAUCAGCGAGGCCCUACACAUCAAAAAGUCAAAUCCAGCAAUCGCCAGUCAAUAAACACAUAAUUACAUUCUACCCACUUCAAGACUCCGAACAACACAGAAGCAAGGCGAUAAAACACACAUUGUACCCAUCGAUUCAUGUCCUAUCAACUCACCCUAAAAACGAAUAUAAAUAUUAACAGAGUAUGUAAAAUUGCCUUUAAAAAUGUAAGAAGUAUCUUGCGAGACGCUUAUAGGCGUCAGACCAUAAAUAAAAUGUAAAAAUGAA